GUUAGCUUCUUUCGUCUAUAUAAACGCGUUGCAAUGAGAGUUUGAACGAUCAGUUAAAGUUGAGCAUUUUAGGUUCUAUCAUCAUGCAGCGGGUCAUAUCAUUGUUGAUUAUUGGUUUGAUGGGCCUGGUAGCCGUAAAAGGUCAGUGGAAGCUAAACCAGGAGUACAAUUACAACGUUUUUACGAAGACACUAGCUGCUUCAAAGGACGAUACAUGGAAUGGUGAAGUAUUCCAAGCUCGGUUGACCCUUCGUCCAGAACCGGAUGGAGUGUGGUUCGGAAUGUUAAGUCGACCACGGUAUGCUCAAUUUCAAACAUCGAGAAGUCACGCAGAUUUGGACAUGCACAACAUGAAUUACAACGAUCUUCCAAUGGAUCAGCCAUUCAACAUUGUAUUGAGAAAUGGAGUUGUCAGAGCGUUGCUGAUUAAUCGCAAAUUGAAUGAAAAUCAAGUAAACCAAUUGAAGUUCGUCGUGAAGGCAGUCAUGAAUCAACUCCAAAUUGACGGAAAUGCCCAAAACCGAAUGGACGGAGACAAUGCUGCUUACAAUGUGAACGAGCUAACUAUGAUGGGAAACUGUGAAACGGUCUAUGAAAUUUCUCCAUUGCCACAAUAUUUGUCUCGAUCCAGCGAUUUAGUUCCAUUGCCCAGAUUACAACGACAAGAACAAUUUAUUGAUGUAGUUAAGAGCAGAGAUUAUAGCAGGUGCAACCAGCGAAACCAGAGAAGAAAGUCUAAUCCGAACCCUAAUGCAAAUACAGUUCCACCACUCACACUCACUGAAGUUAGCCGUAUCAUACUUUCGGGUUCACUAAGUGAUUACACUGUUCAAUCGUCAGUUACAACAAUAAAAUCGCUUGAACGUUUAAAUGGGCCGCUCGAAACUAUUGCCUAUGUUAAUAUAACACUGGAAUCAGUUGAUGACAACGCAAGAUAUUCUCCGAUUCAGGUCGACACUCUUAUGGAUGUUGAAAACAACUAUUCACCAAGUUCUUCGCGUAAAAAUGUUGAACAUGAUCUUCGCCUGAUGGAUGUACCGUAUCCAGAUUUGAACGGCUAUUAUGAGACAUCUUAUUGUAUUGAGUACAACCCAAAUACUUACAUAAUUUGCAAUAGACUUUUUGGUGCUGAGUUUGAAAGUGUUCCUGAAGGAGCUAUACCAUGUGGUUACUUUCUUGGAAAGAAGGCAUUGUGUCAACGUAGAUAUCCAUAUUGUAUGCGAUCAGCGUGUUAUCCGUUACUUCAAACUGAUAUGUGCAAGGAGUACGGCAGUGAGCUACCUGUCCAAAGAGGCACAAUGGAAAUUUGUAGCCCAGGAUUCGUAAGUGCGAGAUGUUGCCCGAAUUAACAUUGGAAAUAUAACACCCAACGUUGAUCGUGCCAAUUGCAUUUUAGAUAAUAAGACUCUUGAAGAUAACGACGUUUCUAUGGAAAUUUAGAUUUACUUUCAUUGAUUACAACAAUUUUUUAUAUAUAAAACUACUUC